UCUGGAGAGGAGAGGAAUACGGCCAACUGCAGGGAUGAGAGGGUGAAGGAAUGAAAUCAUGAAUAGUCCACAGCGAGAGAGAGUCGGAAAGCCGUGAAUCCACAGUGGAUGUGAUAGUGGAAAGGUGCGCAGCAGACAAUACUUCAACUGGGAUUUCAAAGGGAAAACUAGAAGGACAACGGUUAAAACCGUUAGACAUGAGAUUCAGCUGGUGAAUAUAGUCCCUCUCUCUGGCCGUCGCGAGAGCAUCUUGGUUUGGGUAAUACAUUUGUUCUCUAGCUCGUGUCGCUCACGCUCUUGACCGGUGCGCGCGCCUCCCCAUUUUUCCCACGCGAGUGAAUCUGAUGAGUCCGGGUGGUGGUGUGUUGUUUCGCCGCAGCACGCGUACGCGCCCAGACUUUUCGCGCUUAGCAGCAGCAUGUCCUCGCGAAAGAUCUCUUCGGAGUCGUUCAGCUCGAUGGGCUCGGAGUGCCUGGAGAGCCCCGGAGAUGAUGGCGACUCCUGCCCCUUUUCACGCAUCUGGAACGGCAAGAGCCCGGUGGAGAAGCUCGCGUGCCCGUUCGAGGACGCACCGGGACCCAAACGGGCGAACAGACGGAAGCGCGUGAACCUGGACUCGCUUGGGGAGAGCUUGAGGAGGUUAACGUCGCCCACGACACAGAUGGUUCAACAGUCUUUACAGAGAACCAUAGAGUUCUACAGACAGAAAGAGAUCAGGUGCAGAGAGGAUGGGAAGGAGGAAAGGAAAAGUGUUACUUUGGAGAAGUGUCCCUUUGCGGAUCAUUCUGGUUCUGGAGAAGAGGCAGACAUCUCUGGAGCACUACAGUACAUGGCUACUCUACAGGGUGUGCGGUUCUGUGAGCUGAGGGAGCAUUUCGGGGAGGAGUUCUUCGGUCUGUGUUUCGAGGAGAACGAACGUGUUCUAAGAGCGGUGGGAGGGAACCUGCAGGACUUCUUUAACGGCUUUGACGCCAUCUUAGAACACAUCAGAACCUCGACCGGACGCCGUGCCUCCUCAGAGAGCCCCUCUUUUCAAUGCAAAGACCCUCACCAGGAGGAGAGAGGAGGAGGAAGAGGAGGAGGGGAGAGGGUGGGAGGAAAGCUUCUCCUCCUCCACUGCUUUAACCCCGCCCCUGUCGUGGGAUUGGCUAUGCCUGGUCUGAUUCGAGGUGUCGCACGCCGAAUCUUCCACUCCCACGUUGUGGUGAAGGAAGCCCCUCCCCUAGCGUCCUUGUCACCCAAUGAGGACGCAGAACACUCAGGAGGAGACUCCAUCCCUACUCCCACCGCUUCUCCUUCCUCGUCUCCCUCACCCCCUUCAUUGCCUGCCCCCGUCUCACUGUCCUUCCUCAUCAGAGAAACCUUGCCCUCCUCUUCCUCCAUCCCUCCCUCUGUCACCCAUCCAUCAGAGACCUCCAAGCAGACCCUCCAGCCCCUCUCCCUCUCCCCCACUGACCUGCGCAUCGGUCCGGCUACAUUCUGCAGGGCCUUCCCCUUCCACCUGGUGCUGGGCCCCAGCAUGGAGCUGCUUCAGCUAGGGGAAGGUCUGAGGAGGCAGGCUCGGAUCGAGCCUCACCGGACCCUCUCCUUCAGGGACUGCUUUGAGAUUAUCUCUCCCAGGAUCCAGCCCACCUUCCAGGCCAUACUGCUGCGCCUGGCCUCCCCCUUCACCAUCCGCACCCGACCAGACUGCUCCCAGUCAGGCACCAAGGAGAAGGUGAUGGAGGUGAAGGGUCAGAUGAUUCAUGUCCCAGAAUCCUCUACUCUGAUGUUCCUGGGUUCCCCCCGGGUGGACAAGCUGGAGGAGCUGAUGGGCAGGGGCCUCUACCUGUCAGACAUCCCCAUCCACGACGCCACGCGUGAUGUCAUACUGGUGGGACAGCAGGCCAAGGCACAGGACGGCCUCAAGAACAGGAUGGACAAACUCAAGGCAACUCUAGAAAAGACACACCAAGCUCUAGAAGAGGAGAAGAGGAGGACAGUAGACCUUCUCUACUCUAUCUUUCCUGGUGACGUGGCCCAGAAGCUGUGGCAGGGGGAGUCUGUCCCCGCCAGGAAGUUUGAUGAUGUCACCAUGCUGUUCUCUGACAUCGUGGGCUUCACGGCAGUGUGUGCCCAGUGUACCCCCAUGCAGGUCAUCAGCAUGCUCAACGAGCUCUACACACGCUUCGACUACCAGUGUGGAAUCCUAGAUGUGUAUAAGAUUGAGACUAUAGGAGACGCCUACUGUGUUGCGGGCGGGCUCCACCGGAAGAUUGACAGCCAUGCCAAGCCAAUCGCACUCAUGGCCCUGAAGAUGAUGGAGCUGUCAGAGGAGGUGUUAACGCCGGACGGCAAGUCCAUCAAGCUGCGUAUAGGUAUCCAUACAGGCUCAGUGUUGGCGGGGGUGGUUGGGGUGAGGAUGCCCAGGUACUGUCUGUUUGGCAACAAUGUCACACUGGCCAGCAAGUUUGAGUCUGGGAGCCACCCUCGAUGCAUCAAUGUCAGCCCAACCACAUACUGGCUGCUGAAAGACGAUUGCUCUUUCUCUUUCGUCCCUCGUUCGCGGUUGGAGCUUCCUGAUAAUUUUCCGAAGGAGAUCCCGGGAACAUGCUACUUCCUGGAGGGAGGGACUUCCCAUAGCCACACCUCCCUGACAAGCUCCCGUUCCGCCCCCCCAGAGCCCCUGAGGAAAAUGUCCUACAGCAUUGGCACCAUGUUCCUGCGAGAGACCAGUCUAUAGGCUCCCAAAACACAGACACACACACACUGCAUCAACAGACACACACACACACACACACACACACACACACACACACACACACACUGCAUCAACACACACACACACACACACACACACUGCAUCAAUACACACACACACACACACACACACACACACACACACACACACACACACACACACACACACACACACACACACACACAUUGCAUCAACAUACACACACAACUCUAAACCUAUAGCCCAAACCCUACCCCAUGUUUAAAUAGGAGACUUAUAGAGAUGACAAUACCCUCCUACCCCAAACCAGGACGCAGUCCUCUUAACAACCUUCCUCGCUUGUCCAUCUAGAAACAGACACUCCUCGCUUCACCAACUACAACCUGUUGUUACCAAGGGCAACCUCCCUUUACCCUUCAACCCCACCACAAACCAGACUUUGAAGGUUGAGAGAAGAGGUGGGAAAACAACAAAAUCAACAGAGACAAUAUAAUAGAAUAAUCUAGCAACUUCAAAACUAAACUAAAGCCUUCUGCUUGUAGAACACGGUGUACUGUAACCAUGGAUACCACGGCUGGCUGUCAGUCUGGGCAUGGCAGGUACUGUGUUAUUAUCAACAACGCUCACAACUCAGUGCCUUCUUCACUAGAACACUCCAGACAUACACUCUCAAACCCCCAACAUGUGAGCUGGCUGAACACACAGGGAAAUGGAACGAGGUCUGCAGCUCUGAUGCUCCCCACAGUGAUGUGUGUGACUCUCCCAAAUCAGUCACUGUGGGGAGUCUAUGUUGUUUCGGUCCAGCUAGCAGCUGAACCACUGAGAUGUUCGGACAUUUUCUCUUUCAGUUAGCUGAAUGCAUCCACCUCCCAGCCCAUCUGUCAACACUAAACCAUGGACAUAAGCAAGCAGCACGUAAAUCCAUCCACCCCCCUCCCCUCCAUCCACCAACUCUAAUAACCGAGGUGUGGAUAGGAAGUAUGCCUGGGGGGGGGGGUCUCUAUGUCAUUCCAGAUCUCUACGUCAUUCUAUGUUUUUAGAGCAAUAACCUUGGGAUCCUAUCUCUGUCACCACUCUAGUCCCCAACCUCAUUUCUCUCUCACACACACAAACACAUAUUGGCUUGUUACAAGUAAGAAAGGGCCCGCUUCAAUCAAAUACCAUUCUAAACAUAUUUGAUUUAGCUGUGAGGUUAAAGCAUUAAAGAUAAUAAAUGAAACAAAAUAAUCAAUCAGUCAGUCACCCCAUUGAGACUAUGUUGGCUUUCCAACAGCAUCAUAAUCAAAUGUUCCAUCCCACGUUGGAGUUCUACACCAACAGCAUCAUAAUCAAAUGUUCCAUCCCACGUUGGAGUUCUACACCAACAGCAUCAUAAUCAAAUGUUCCAUCCCACGUUGGAGUUCUACACCAACAGCAUCAUAAUCAAAUGUUCCAUCCCACGUUGGAGUUCUACACCAACAGCAUCAUAAUCAAAUGUUCCAUCCCACC